AUGCGGUAACCUGCCCCGGCCCCCCAUCCUUCCUGCCCUACUCUAUAACUAUCCCAGUCCCGUCACCACAGCAGCAGCAACAGCGAUCGAUCCCUCUAACCACCAGUGCAGCUAGCCCCGCCUAGCGCCUGACGUCAGGGCUCAGAAGUCUUUCCGGGGAAGGAAUCAGUAACCGCCGGGACUAAGCCACAUGCGCUCACUGGCCCUGGGUGGGAGAAUUGGAGUAGGUGGUGAUCACAGGCAUCUGUCGGGAGGCUGCCUACUACUAAAGGAGCUGUUAGCAGCGUGUUCCAUAGGCUGCCCCUCGCACAGGCUUCUGGCUACGGAUCUGCCCUGCAGAGGAUCAACGUGGUAUCUGGGUGACAGACAGCGACCAGCAUGAGUGGCCCAAGCGAUCAAGAUCAGUGGUCUCAAGAGGACGCUCUUACACUCAUCAAAUCCAUGAAGGCAAGCCUCCCCUUCCGGGAUGAAGUAUCAUACAAAGUCGCAUUGUCCCGCAUGAACUGGGACAAGCUGGCCUUUAAGACAUACACUGGGCCCAUGUGUUUACAAAAAUGGAAUGAGAUUACAAAUCGGAUCAGGAGGUAUCGUACACUUACAGAGUUGCUUCUGGAUACAGAAGAAUAUAUAAAGAACCCAUACAAAGGAAAGAAAUUGAAGUAUCAUCCAGAUUUUCCCAAGAAGCCCCUGACACCGUAUUUCAGCUUCUUCAUUGAGAACAUAAAACAAUAUGAGACGAUGCAUCCAGAGUUGAGUCAUGCUGAACGACACAAGAUGUUGUCCCUAAUAUUUAAAGAGCUACCAGAGGAAAAGAAGAAGAACUACAUAGAAAAGUAUGAUAGGGAGAAGCAAGAGUUUGACAGGAACUUGGACAAAUUCCGAGAAGAACAUCCAGAUCUCAUGGAGAGCAUGAUGAAUUCAAAAAGACCAGAUCAAGAGACGACCAAUGACUCAGAAAUGGCGACGGAGGCUUGUGACGAAUUGGAGACUGUGGUAGAGGCAAAACGGAAAAAAAGACAACGCCAAAGAAAAAGGAAAAAAGUUAAUCCAUUGUAGACCCUUUAGGAUCAACUCAAAAAAUAUAUAUUCUUAAUCUCUUCCGUAAAUCAUUUUUGUUGAAACAAUUGGUGGUUGUUGCUCAUACCUAAAACUAUAUUAAGAUCUGUGUAAACUGAUCUAGAUGUAGGUUGUUUUUUUUUUGUUCUUUGUAUUUUUUAAAAACUAUUUGAGAAGGGUAAAGAUAUACACAGUAUACCAGUGCAAACAGCAUGCAUUCGAGAAUAAAGUUUCCCAUUACGAA